AUGGACACCCUUGUUGCCCAGUACUCCCGGCAGUCGAGCUUCCAAGACGACUACGAGGCCGAGCAGCAGGACGUCCUAGAGAGAGCUCCUCCACUGUCUCUCAGAUUCUCCCUCCCUCCUAUUGACAGACCCUCCGCUUUCCUAAGAGCUACAACAGAUGAUCAUGCCAACCCAGACUGCCCUAUUAAGAUCGCCCAUGGUACAACAACGCUCGCCUUCAGAUUCCAGGGCGGUAUAAUUGUAGCUACAGACUCGAGAGCUACGGCGGGCAACUGGAUAGCCAGUCAGACGGUCAAGAAGGUCAUUGAAAUCAACAGCUGCUUACUCGGGACCAUGGCCGGUGGUGCUGCUGACUGCCAAUACUGGCUCGCAUACCUAGGCAUGCAAUGCCGUCUUCACGAGCUUCGACACAAACGUCGUAUCUCCGUUGCCGCCGCCUCCAAGAUCCUCGCCAAUCUAGUCUAUAACUACAAGGGAAUGGGUCUCAGCAUGGGGACCAUGUGUGCCGGUGUUACGCCCGAGGAAGGCCCAGCAUUAUACUACAUCGAUUCUGACGGUACGCGGCUGCCAGGAAACUUGUUCUGUGUUGGAUCCGGUCAGACAUUUGCAUAUGGUGUGCUGGACGCGGAGUACCGAUACGACUUGACGGAAGAAGAGGCCCUUGCUCUUGGAUCUAGAAGUAUCCUGGCUGCUACUCACAGAGAUGCCUACUCUGGUGGAUUUAUCAAUCUAUACCAUGUUAAGGAGGAUGGAUGGGUGAAGCACGGAUUCAGCGAUACCAACCCUAUUUUCUGGAAUACCAAGCUUGAGAAGGGCGAGUUCUCAAACGUCUCUGAGAAUAUUGUAAACUGA